AUGAUAAAACAUCCCUCUCAGUGGCCCCCAGCCAGCCACCAUGAUAAGACGAGACGCCCCAAAAUCCAGCUAGCACCCCACCACCUCCACUCUCCAGACACCCCAGACCCUGGCUGGCACCCCACCACCUCCACUCUCCAGACACCCCAGACCCUGGCUGGCACCCCACCACCUCCACUCUCCAGACACCCCAGACCCUGGCUGGCACCCCACCACCUCCACUCUCCAGACACCCCAGACCCUGGCUGGCACCCCACCACCUCCUCUCUCCAGACACCCCAGACCCUGGCUGGCACCCCACCACCUCCACUCUCCAGACACCCCAGACCCAGGCUGUUGUCCCCAGGCUCUGAGGAUGACGAUGGUGAAGGUGCUGUCAGUGAGAAGCUGGGACGGAUCCAGUUCUCUGUUGGUUACAGCUUCCAGGACUCCACUCUGACCGUCAAGAUCCUCAAGGGUCAGGAGCUCCCUGCCAAGGACUUCUCUGGGACCUCUGACCCCUUCGUCAAGCUCUACCUGCUGCCGGACAAGAAGCACAAGCUGGAGACCAAGAUCAAGAGGAAGAACCUCAACCCUCACUGGAACGAGACCUUCCUGUUCGAGGGUUUCCCGUAUGAGAAGGUGAGGGAGAGGACUCUGUACCUCCAGGUGUUGGACUUUGACCGAUUCAGUCGUAACGACCCCAUCGGGGAGGUAUCCAUCCCUCUCAACAAGCUCAGUGACUUGGGACACAUGCAGACCUUCUGGAAGGAGCUCAAACCCUGCAUGGAUGGAGCUGGGAGGCGAGGGGACCUGCUGGUGUCUCUGUGCUAUAACCCAACAGCCAACACCAUCACUGUGAACAUCAUCAAAGCACGCAAUCUCAAAGCCAUGGAUAUAGGAGGAACAUCAGAUCCCUAUGUGAAGCUGUGGCUGAUGCACAAGGACAAGCGCAUUGAGAAGAAGAAGACUGUGACCAUAAAGUGUUGUCUCAACCCCGUCUUCAAUGAGUCUUUCCCCUUCGAGGUUCCGGCCCACGUCCUCCGGGAGACCACCAUCAUCAUCACCGUAAUGGACAAGGACCGGCUCAGCCGCAACGACGUCAUCGGCAAGAUCUACUUAUCAUGGAAGAGUGGUCCAGCGGAAGUGAAACACUGGAAGGACAUGAUGGGCCGGCCGCGUACUAAUGUGGCCCAAUGGCACGCUCUCAAGGCCUGAUCGUCCCGCAGACUCUCUUCCAUGGCCCCAUACCCUCCCCCUCCCUCCAACGUCCAAUCCCCAUCCUUAUGCACAGCACUGACUAGCUGCCAGGCUGCGAA